CAUACCCCACCGACAAGUGGAUCACGCUAACCGCACCACCUCUAGGGCCCACGUGUCGGUGAUAGCCGACGCGGAGCGAGCGAAACGCCUCGCUCACCCGCGGAAUCCACACCCGAAUAUACCACUCGCUCUCCAACCUCUUCUGUCCGCUCUUCUCCCACGUCUCCGGCCACCGCCCAUGCCCAAAUCCCAAGGCGCGCGCGCACAUCGAGAUCUCACGAGCCGCUGCCACCGCGUCGACGCUCGAGACCCUAACCCUAGAUCUCUCAUCGCCACCAUGGGGAGCUCACCGACGGCGGCGGCGGGGUCGGGCACGGCGCUGGAGGACCUGCCGGAGGACGCGCUUCUCUCGAUCCUCACCCUCCUCGCGCCGUCCGACGCCGCCGCCGCGACCUGCGCUUGCCGCCGCCUCGCCGCCGCCGCGUCAUCUCCAGCGCUCCCGCUCGCCCUCGCGCUCCGCCUCGGCCUCCCGCCGCCGCCGCGCCCGCUCCUUCCCCCCGCCUCCUGCCCCGCCACCGCGCGGCGCCUCCUCCGCUCCCUCCACCGCCUCCGGCGCCUACUCGGCCUCUGGCGCCGCCUCCCCUCCGUCUCCACCUCCCAAUUCCCGCCCUCCCCGUCCCUCGCCGCGUUCGAGUGGGCACCCUCCGCCACGCUCGCGGCCUCCCUCCUCGCGCCCUCCUCCGCGUACGGCGGCGGCGUCGAGGUCUCCAAGUCCCCCUUCGUGACGCUCUCCAUCGCCGAGUCCGGCGACACGGUGGCGGCGAUCGGGGACAUGCCGGUCUGCGUCAAUUUCGUCGGGAACAACCACAUUGUGGUGGAGGCGGCGGCAGUGAACGUUGAGGGUGAGGAAAUGGUGAGUGGCUCGCCACCGGAGGAGAUUUACGCGCACUUUGCGAAUAGGAGAAGCCCUGGGGCCGGGAGGAGGCGGAGGGGCAGGCAGGGGAGGAGAGGGGGCGGGAUGGAAGCCGAGCACUUCGUGAGGAUCGCGGAUGCCGAGCCAACUAAGGCGCGACCACUGCAGGGGCUGUGGAAGGGUAUAUGCGAGGAUAGGACUCUGGAAUUUUACCUUGUCACCUAUGAUGACAUUGGUGGAGUAACUUGUCAACGAUUUAGUGAUACAAGGAGCCAAAACUCUGGAUACUCUCCUGUCUUUUGGACUACAGAUACUACAUUUCUUGAACCACCAUUCUCUGAGCAAGAGCUGGAUAAUUAUAGUAGCCGCAAUCAUAUCCGAGGUGUGGAUUUCAACCAUGCAGGCAUUGAGAACAGGGUUAUCUCUCGGAUAUUGUGCAUCAAUUCCAGUUAUGAUGUGGUUGAACCUCAUCUCUCUACUCCCUUAGAUGAUGCGAGGAAUGUGGAGGGAAGGAUUUGGCUAUAUGAGGAUGGAACCUUUGGGUUUGGAUUUGUAGGCAGCAAUUCAAUUAUAGAUCUGAGGAAUGUUUCCUCAGCUGGUUGUAUUCUUGAUACUUUGCACUAAAUCUGGGUCUUGCUGGCGCAUAAUUGUUGCCAGGGGAACCCUUGUACAGUACUUUUAGGAGAAUCCAGUAGUUGGCGUGAGGCAUGUUGCCUCCGAUUGUUGUACUACUGAUGACAAGUCACUGAAUAUGGGUCGCUCUGGCAUGUAAUUGUUGUUAGAAUACCGAUGUACCCUGAUAUCUGAUACUGCACCAAACUUGGUCCCUUCUGGCAUGUACUUGUUGCUAGAAUACCAAUGUACAUUAUUAUUUCUUUAUUGAAUCCCAAUAAAUUGCAACUGUUA